AUGGCUGUUUUUCGCACGUUCGACAUUGAGCCGGAAGAUGCCGUUGCGCCACCAGAAACUGAAAUGGUAGAAGUCUAUGGAACAAAAAACAUGACCUGCAUUUACACUGGGGAGAUCACAGAGGUCCACGCCCGCGGGUUGAGUUUUGAGCACUCCAUUAACACCUUUUGUCGAUGCUCUGGCGCUGUGAUCUUUUUGCUGGAAGAGUACCAGGGUGGCGGCGCGGGCAAGGCAUUGGCGAUUCAUGUUGGAGGACACCCCCACGACAGUACAAGGGCUAAUGUUGCCUUUCGAAUCUAG